GUAGGUGAAACCUUGAAGAAAAAGUGGCUCUGUCUUCAAAAAAGUGACCUGACCUUUGCUUUGGGGAAAGGCUCUAGGGCGGCAGAUAAGGCUGUUGCCAUGGUGAUGAAGGAGAUUCCGAGGGAGGAGUCUGCAGAAGAAAAGCCCCUCCUUACUAUGACAUCACAGCUGGUGAACGAGCAACAAGAGAGCAGACCCCUUCUGAGCCCCUCCAUUGAUGACUUUCUCUGUGAAACCAAACCAGAAGCUGUUGCAAGGCCUGUAACAUCAAAUACUGCAGUACUAUCAACAGGUCUGGAUCUCUUGGAUCUUAGUGAACCUGUCUCACAAACCCAAAACAAAGCAAAGAAAUCAGAGAAUCCAUCGAGAAGUGAAGGCUUAAAAGCUUCAACCCACAGAAAGAAGACAGACAAUUCUGACCUUAUCAGUGUGGAUACUGAGAAAGUCCAGACUGUCAGAGUUUCAGACAAGUCUUCAUUAGAUUUAGUUGAUAUUCAGACACAGAUAGAGAAAUGGGAUGACGUCAAUUAUCACGGAGACAGGAGCAGCAAGGUCCACCCUUCUACAGAGCGAACAUCAUCAUCAUCAUCAUCUAGAGCUCCAUCAAAAGAGCUUUUAUGGUCCACAGAAAACAGAUCACAGUCCGAGCUGACCAACGUCAAGAGUGCCUUGGAUGCUGAUACAACGUCAGAAUUAGACCUUGCACCUGCAACACAGGCACGAUCAAUGAAGGAGCAGCGUUGGGGAGGGCCUCUUCUCUCCAGAAAUCACUCCUUGGAGGAGGAAUUUGAAAGAGCAAAGGCAGCUGUUGAGUCAGAUACAGAAUUUUGGGAUAAAAUGCAAGCAGAAUGGGAAGAAAUGGCUCGCAGAAACUGGAUUUCAGAAAACCAGGAAGCACCAGGGCACGUCACCAUCUCAACCAUUGAGAAGGGUUAUUAUUUCCAUACUGAGAAUCCCUUCAAAGACUGGCCUGGUGCUUUUGAGGAAGGACUGAAAAAAAUGAAAGAAGGUGACCUGCCAGUUACAAUCUUGUACUUGGAGGCUGCUAUUCUACAAGAACCCAAUGAUGCAGAGGCCUGGCAGUUCCUGGGCAUAACACAGGCAGAGAAUGAAAAUGAGCAAGCAGCCAUUGUCGCCCUCCAAAGGUGCUUGGAGCUACAGCCAAACAACCUAAAAGCCCUGAUGGCCCUGGCUGUGAGUUACACUAACACUGGCCACCAGCAAGAAGCCUAUCAAGCUCUAAGAAACUGGAUAAAGCAAAACCCAAAAUAUAAGUAUAUAGCGAAAAGCAAAAAAGGGUCCCCAGCACUUACCAGGAGAAUGUCUAAGACACCAGAAGAAAG